AUGGCAAAGUGUGGAGCAUGUGGAAAAUUCUUGUCAACCGCGGACUGUGCGCGAUGUAGUAAAUGCAGUGACAAUUUUCAUAAAGGAUGCGUGGCAAUCCCUUCUACGGGAGUAGCGCCUCGGGGCUGGAUCUGCCCGAGUUGCUUAGCGAAGGUACCUCGUGGGGAUAAUGCUGCAACUCCUGUGCGAGGGUUGACAGUUGUCGGGGUGCAUCAGACUUCAAACGAGUGCGAUGUUGAUGCAGACACGAUGAAUCGGUCGCUGGAGUCCCAUGUCGACCUUGGCUUAGAAAUUCGAUCUUUUAAGGAUGAGCUGGUGGGCCUAAGAACUGACUUAAGAAAUUGCCGAAAAGAUAUCGCUGAGUUUAAGGAGCUUCUCCAGUCCUGUCAUGGACGUAUCGACGCGGUGGAAGCCCGUGUGCUGGGUCUUGAAGCUCGCCUAGCGGAGAUCGUCCCAACAGUAGCAGCUUCUGACUUGGAUUCCACGGUGGCUGAGCUUCGCAUGCAGCUGCGUGAACGCGACCAGGACUUGCUCAGGAACGAUAUUGACAUAAUUGGUUUGCCGGAAGUCCGUGAAGAAAGCGCUUGUCAUUUAGUCCAGGUUGUGGCUGUAAAACUAGGAGUAAAACUUGACGUGUGCGAUAUAGUCCACGCGGAGCGGAUUGGUGCAGUAAGACGCAAUUUCACUGAGGGCGACGAGAAUCGUCCUCGUAUACUAUCAGUACGACUGGCUCGUCGCUCGGUUCGCGAUGCACUAUUGAAGGGAGCCCGCGUGCGCCGUUACCUCUCCACUACUGAUUUAGAUGUACCUGGCACCGUCCGUACUGUAUAUUUAAAUGAACGUUUGUCCGCAUAUAACCGCCAACUGUUUGGUACUGCCCGUCAAAAGGGAAAAGACAAGGGCUGGAAGUAUGUCUGGACCAAGGACGGACGAAUUUACAUUCGUCGUGGUGAUGGUACUCCUGCGCUUAGAAUCAGAGUUCAGGCCGACUUGAAGAAGCAUUUUGGCCCAGAUAUAGUUUGA